AUGGAUGAUCUCUUGAACACGGAUUGGACUGCUGCGGCGCCUGCAGCCAAGCAGAAUGCCCCGCGACCAGCCUUUGGCAUGCCCAUGUCUAUCCCUAGUGCUGCCUCGAGCUCGCGUGCCAGUCCAGCUCCUUCACCUUUCGCCAACAACUUGUCUGCUUCCAAAGCUCCGUCAAAGACCGCUUCACCUGCCAACGAUAUUUUCGCCAACCUUGUGUCCACGAAUGCGAACAAGAACCAGGGCAACCUAAGUCUACUGGAUCGUCAGAAACAGCUGCAACAAGAGAAGAUCAAGCAGGAGCAAGAGCAGCGUCAGAAGUACGCCCAGCAGUACGGAAACGAGGCAAACUUCUGGGACAAUCUGGGCAGUGGAAAGGCGACUCCUCAGUCGACAACAACACAGCACGUCGCGCCUCCUGCUCAGCACGACGAGGACGAUCUACUAGCUGCCUUCAACUCGGCUGCCCCCGUUGACAAGUCUUCACAUUUCCCUGUACCUGCAGCUUCUACCGCCAACAGUGGUCGCAACACUCCGGCGGUUGCGAACCAGUCCAACUCCGCUUCUCUACUCGCAGAUGACGACGAUGAUCCGUUUGGUCUGGGAGCAGUCCCUCAACGAAAACCCAGUCCUUAUCAGCCUUCUCCAGCGACCACAAACAACGACGAUGACGAUAUCCUGGGAGACUUGGGUAAGCCGGUGACUGCCAAACCACCCCGCCGCGAACCUCCUAGACGCGAACCCGUCGAUGAAGCCUUUGCUGUCAAUGAUCGCCGCUCUCCUCCUUCCUCCGAUCCUCUCGACCGCCCGAUAGCCGAACUGGUCGAUAUGGGCUUUCCCGCCGAGAAGUCAAGAGCCGCCCUGCAAGAGACGGGAGGUGAUGUACAAUCAGCUGUGGGAUGGUUGCUUAACCAGGCACAUCAAAAAUCAAGAGAGAGGACACAAAAUCGUGGCGGUAGCGCCCGUGCUAGUCCGGCGCCCCAAACCCGUGAUGAACCGCGGCGUGGCAGAGGCCCUGAGGAUGCUUCAGUACCUGCUUGGAUGCGACAAGAAGCACGGCCAAGUUCCAACCAACGCAAACAAGACAACGGAACGCCCGCCUCAGANAAGGAUGUAGCCGCGUAUGCUCAAGAGUUUGGUACAUCAUUCCUCAAAUCUGCAGGUUCUCUCUGGAAAACUGGACAGAAGAACUUGAAGAAGGCUGUUGCUGAGUUCCAGCAGCCCGAGAGCGAUCCCAACACACCCAAGUGGAUGAGAGACGCAAGUGCUGAAAGAGCACCUGCUCGACCUGGACGCUCUUCAACUCCCCGCGCAGCCGCACCUGCUCAGACUGCCGAUGAGUUGACGAAUGAGGCUAUGCUGUUGGAGGCCAGGGAUGAGAGGCCACGACCACCAAAGUCGCGUACCCCUGACGUCCGCGAACCUGUUUCUAGACCCGACUCGAGAGUACGAUCGCCUGCUCAGGACCUUCCUGUGCGUCCUCAACAGCAGUCACGAUUUGUACAGCAAGCACCUCCUUCACAAGCUCAGCGCCCCAACACCAAAGUUAGUCGCUUUGAUGUCGAGGAAGAGUCAUCACAGGCCUAUGUCAGCUCUGCAAGACGAAGAAAACCCGCCAAACCAGAACCUCAGCCAGAGCCCGAGGUCGAUCUGUUCAGCCCAGCACCUGUCCAACCAGCUCCACAACCCGCACCUGCGAGAACAACUCCCGCUCCUCGGCCUGCUCCAGCCAAAGCUUCCACACCAGUGCCUCAAGCUCCACGGCCCAAAGCGCCUCCACGAAACAUCCCUGCUAUCUCUCCAUCCGCGCUCUCGACAUCCAGCAGCCAUCGUCGUGCAGGCACAGAGGCCUUCAAAAGAGGAGACUUUGACGCUGCACAUAAUUCGUACUCUGCUGCACUUACACCACUACCGUCCACUCAUCCUCUGAUUAUCAUCGUGCUAUCGAACAGAGCACUGACAGCCAUCAAGACUGGUGAUCCCAAAGCUGCAGUCGUCGAUGCAGAUCGUGCUCUGGAGCUCAUCGGCAUUGGCAAAGGCGAAAACGAGAAGAUUGAUCUCGGCGGUGGUGAAGGCGAAAAAGACAUGAAAGAGUUCUACGGCAAAGCACUCAUGCGCAAAGCUGAAGCACUAGAAAACAUGGAGAAAUGGUCUGAUGCAGCUACUGUUUGGAAAGAUGCCAUCGCAGCUGGUGUAGGCGGUGCCGUGAGUCUAAGAGCUCGCGAUCGCUGUGAAAAAGCCGCUACAGGAGGUGCAUCAAAACCUGCUCCUUCAAAGCCAAGGCCAACACCAGCUGCGACAAAGGCACCAGCGGGCAAGCUCCAGCAACCCAAACGCCCUGCAGUCUCGCAAGCCCAAUCGCAAGAAGCAGUACGCAAGUUGCGUGAAGCGAAUGCCGCCGCUGAUAGAGCUGAUGAUGAGAAAUUCGCCCUUUCGGAUCAAGUUGAAGCUAAAGUCACUGCAUGGAAAGGUGGUAAAGCUGACAACCUGCGUGCUCUCUUGGGUAGUUUGGAUACUGUGCUCUGGCCUGAAGCAGGAUGGAAAAAGGUCAACAUGAGUGACUUGAUCAUGCCCAACAAGGUCAAGAUCGUGUACAUGAAGGCGAUUGCCAAGGUUCAUCCUGACAAGACGGCCACGACUGAGCAGAAGAUGAUUAGUGGAUCAGUGUUUAGUACCUUGAACGAGGCUUGGGAUAAGUUCAAGAAGGAUAACGGUUUGUAA